UUUCUUGAGAAUUCCAACCUGGAUUUGGAUUCUCAAGGGCAUGUGUACCACAAAACCUAAGAUCACGAAUUUUUUAUUUUCUUAAUCUCAUGGAUUUGGUACCACCCAAAAUAACCAAGUUGUGAAAUUCUUUUUGGAUUUUGAAGUCCUUGGAUGGAUGAGUUUAUGGUGGUCUGACUCUGAGGAAGCCACACGAAAGGAGAGAAAUUUGGUUUCAGGAACUUUGUUCUCCAAACGGGGUUUCUCUUAGUCAUGGUGUCUAAGCUCUGUUUGAUGGCUUCUCAUGGGUAUCCUUCUGGGGUCGUUUUGCAACCAGAACAAGGUGUGGGCAGGGUCAUCCAGGAUUAUCAACCUCUUUUGCCGUGUCAUGGCUCAAGACAUGGGAUUAUGAGAUUAGGAUCUCUUAAAUCGAGGCCACAGGAGUGUGAGGAGCCAUGGAAACCUAUGAGUGGGUUCUCUGAAUCUAACCAUCAUGUCAAGAUUGACUCAGCUGUUAAAAAGCCAAUUCUCCCUGAUAUACAAGAUGCUUCUCCAGGCUCACUGCUUUUUAGCUUUGAAAUUGCUGAAAAGUGCACGAGACAUGAAAAGAUCCUGCAGUUCCUAACCUCCCAAGCAAGUGAACCAGAGAAAAGUGGAAUGAAGAUGUCUUUACUUUCUAAGUUGAUGGAGUUAGAAGCUUUAAAAAUUGAUGCGCAUCAACAUCCAACUCCUCUUAUCUACCCAAAUACUGAAUUGUUCUUGGACUUUGUGGGAGAUCUGGUUGAUAGUUCAAGAAUAACAGUUUACCCAGAUGGUCAGGUCUUAUUUAAUGGUACAGGCACUGAGAUGAAAGAUCUACUUUCAGUUGUUGCUGAAUUUUACUUGGCAAAAAACUCAUCCAAGUGGAAGAAGCAGUCAAUGCUGGUCCCACACUAUACUAGGCUGGACAACAGUGAAGGUGUCAUUAUUAAUGGGUCUUCAUUGACACUCCAAGCAACUACAGUUGCUCCUUUAAAGAGUCCUCAGAAAACCAAGGUCAAGUCAUUACCUAAGAAGAAGAAUGGCAAAAAGUUGGGCCGUGAGCGGGAUCUCUAUAAGAAGAACUAUUUCCGUGCCUGUGAGAACCUUCUGUCUUUAAUGGUCAGCAAAAGAAAGUAUGGGAAAACAGCAAUCCUUUCACUAAAAAAAUCUGGCCCUGAGCUUCCUGAGCUCCUAACCCAGUUCUCUGCUGGCAUUGCUGGGACUGGCUUGGCUGUCCUUUUUUCUGUCAUUUGUAAAGUAGCUUGUGGGAGGGUGCCCCUAACUGCAUCUAAAUUCUUCAACACUGGAAUAGGGUGUGGACUAGUUUGGCUUUCUUGGGCAGUGAAUAAGCUGAGGGACUCAAUCGUCUAUAUCAGCAAGAAUGCAGGCAAGUUGGGCUUGAAGGAAGAAGACAUGGUGAAGGCAGUGGACAGUAGCAUAAAGGAGAUAUAUUUCAGAGCUGCAACUGUAAUGGCAGUGGCGAUGUUGAGGCUUGUUUGAGCAUAAAUGUGUAAAUUCAUGUAAGGGGAUCAAAUCAAAUGGACGGUGACUGUAAUUGUAAUUGUUGAAGCAUUGCUGGAUGAUGUUCAGAUAGCGUGAAGCUCAUCAGGUUUCAAGAACAAGCUCAAAGUCAGACUAACGAUUGAAGAGAAAAGGAAAAAUUAAAUCCAAAGAUUUCCAGGUUUGACAUGAGCUCCUCGAUUCUGAGCUCUGUCUGAACAUCAGUAGCAUGUGGGUAACUGAUAUUCUAGACUGUAAAAUAUUAAUAUCAUAGGAGGGUAACAUGGUUAAGUGAUGAAUGUAUUGUAACACAUACACUGCAAUUUUGGGGUGAAAUAUCGAUAUAUUUUAAGCUGCA